CCCUCCGCACACAGCUCAGCUCCGAAUGGACAGCGCCUUGUGCGCCCCGCGGAGCCGAGGGACUGAGAGGCCGGCCCCGCCCUGGCCCAGUGAUUGAUCACCAAAGAUUACCGUGCCCUUAAUGGUCCGCUUGGAUGGAAAUUAAUUCUGGGAUGGAUAAAUAAUGCAUCGAGGUUUAUGUAGUACAAGGCAAGCCGACCUUCCGGAGCCGGGAGAGGGAGCCGAGGGAGCCUCGCGGGCGACGCCAGGGGCCACGCUGCCCAAGCAAGAGAGGCAUGAAGGACGACAAGAAGAGAACAGGGAAGUGGACGACAGUAUGAUCAACCCAGAGAGUCUAGCCAAGCGACUGCAGGAAUAUGCUGAGCCCAAAGAUCAGGCAGAGUAGAAGGGCCCGCUCCAAGAGCCUGGUGAUGGGGGAGCAGAGCCGCAGCCCAGGGCGGCCACCAGGACCCUGCAGGUUGGGCCCUGUUCUGAAGGCAGGCUGGCUGAGGAAGCAGAGGAGCAUCAUGAAGAACUGGCAACAGCGCUGGUUUGUGUUGCGUGGGAAUCAGCUUUUCUAUUACAAAGACAAAGAUGAGACCAAGCCCCAGGGAUUUAUUUCUCUACAAGGGACCCAGGUGACUGAACUUCUUCCUGGCCCUGAGGACCCGGGAAAACACCUCUUUGAGAUCAGCCCAGGUGGUGCCGGGGAGCGGGAGAAGGUGCCAGCCAACCCUGAGGCGCUCCUGCUCAUGGCCAGCUCCCAGCGUGACAUGGAGGACUGGGUGCAGGCCAUCCGCCGGGUCAUCUUGGCCCCGCUUGGCGGAGGUACUGCCCGUAGCUCGCAUGCCCACCCUCUAGAACCCUUGCCUGCAGGGAUCUUUGGGCAGCGACUGGAGGACACGGUCCACCAUGAGCGGAAGUAUGGCCCCCGCCUGGCCCCACUACUGGUGGAGCAGUGUGUGGACUUCAUCCGGGAACGUGGGCUCACCGAGGAAGGGCUCUUCCGCAUGCCAGGCCAGGCCAACCUGGUGAGGGACCUGCAGGAUUCCUUCGACUGUGGAGAGAAGCCUCUGUUUGACAGCACGACAGAUGUGCACACGGUGGCCUCCCUGCUGAAGCUCUACCUGCGGGAGCUCCCUGAGCCCGUGAUCCCCUUCGCCAGGUACGAGGACUUCCUCAGCUGCGCCCAGCUGCUCACCAAGGACGAGGGGGAGGGGACUCUGGAAUUGGCUAAACAAGUGAGCAACCUUCCCCAGGCCAAUUACAACCUGCUCAGAUAUAUCUGCAAGUUUCUGGAUGAAGUUCAGUCCCAUUCAAAUAUCAACAAGAUGAGUGUCCAGAACCUGGCAACUGUUUUUGGACCUAACAUACUACGGCCACAGAUAGAGGAUCCAGUGACCAUCAUGGAAGGUACUUCCCUAGUCCAGCACCUGAUGACUGUCCUCAUCCGCAAACACAGCCAGCUCUUCACCACGCCUACCCCAGAAGGACCUGCCUCCCCUUGUAGGGUCCCACAGUGCACAGUGGGGUGGGACUCUGAGGAGAUCCCCAGCGACAGCCAAGGGGAGCCUGGUGGCUCCAGCCUGCCCCCACACAGGACCUCAUCUUUGGACGGGCCAGCUGCAGCAAUGCUUUCUAGAACCUCCCCUCCAAGCCUAGGCAGCCAAGGUGGCCCUGCAGCCACCAGCCCUGGGAAGAGGGUACAGACUCUGCCCAACUGGAAGUCUUCCUUCCGGCAGCCAGGGUCCCGGUCAGGGAGCCCAAAGGCGGGCAGCUCGUCUCUAGAAGUGCCCAUCAUCUCCUCUGGUGGGAACUGGCUCAUGAACGGGUUGUCUUCUCUGCGAGGUCACCGCCGGGCCUCAUCAGGAGACCGGCUCAAGAACUCAGGUUCCACACAAAGACUCUCCACCUAUGACAAUGUGCCCCCACCCAGCCUCUUUCCCAGCACUGUCAGCGUGACCAGCACGUUGUCCUCCCGGGAAGCCUCCAUCAGCAGCUGCACGGCCUGCCGGGCUAGUGACUCAUCCACCUGCAGCUCCCUGCACACCGAAUGGGCCCUUGAGCCCUCGCCGCUCCCCAGCAGCAGUGAGGACCACAGGUCCCUAGACCUGGGCCACAGUCUGGAUGAGGCGGGUGUAGGUGGCGGCAGCAGCAGUGAACCCAAGGACCCAGGCAGCCCUACCCAGGACCACUCCCGCCACUGCCAGGCUCUCCAGAGCGUGGUGGCUGAGCUCAGAGCAGAGCUGAGCCGGCAGAGGACUGAGUAUGAGACAAGUCUGAAAAGCAUGGAAGCCAACAGUGCUGACCUGAGGAAACAGAUGUCACGGUUAGAAGAAGAGCUGGACCAGGAGAAGAAGAAGUACACCAUGCUGGAAAUUAAGCUGAGGAACUCUGAGCGGGCACGGGAGGAUGCAGAGAGGAGGAACCAGCUGCUGCAGAAGGAGAUGGAGGAGUUUUUUUCUACCCUGGGAAGCUUGACUGUUGGAGUCAAAGGUGCCAGAGCCCCAAAGUGAGAGAACGGAAGAGCUCACUUGGCACCUGCUCCACUCUACCCUCAGCAGAGCUGGCACAGGCCACAUGAGGAGCCAGAAGCCUCUCGCUCAGACCAGGCUGUUGGCAGGGCCAGGUGCUCUGGAACCAGCUGGAGAGAAAGACCCUGACACCCCGAUGGGACUGUUGGGACCCCAUAUACCCCAGGUGGGAUCUGGAUGCUGCUUUUAUUAUGCGGGUCCUGAUGGGUGUCAGAGGGGACGGUGCCUGCCACAAGAGCAGCAUUUAGCCUUUCACCCAGGAAGAGUCCCCCAUGGCUACCCAAAGAUGGCACUCAGGAGCGAGCAGCCACCAAGAACACUUCACAUUCUUUAUUAAAUUUGCUCUGAAAGCAUGA